AUUAUUAACCAGGCACUGCUGCACAGUGGUAGCGAUAAACCAAACCCAGAUAUUGGGACAGUACAGAAUAAAUAAUUAGCACCAAAACUAAACGACUGAAAGUAGUGACCUUUUUUCGGGGGGCGUAUUUUUGAUAUUUCAGGCUGAGUUUGGCUACCAUUUCUAAUUCUGUUUUAACUGUAAACACUAUAUCUAUUAAAUAGAUCAUAGACAACCGUAUACAGCUUACUUAGUUACUGCCUAUAAUACGCUUUACCAUGAAGAUAAUCUGCGCUGGUUUAUCUAAGACCGGCACAAAAACCAUGCAGAGUGCUUUACAAGAACUUGGGUAUAACGUCUACGAUUUUAUGGAGAAUUUCACAAUUCUUGGCGACGAAUGGUGCAAAAUACUAACCAAAGGAGGAACGACCGAAGAGUUUCGCCAAAUGUACGAAGACGUGGACGUGGUAUCGGAUCUACCGGGUGCUUAUUAUUGGGAUGAGAUAUUUAAAGCUUUUCCGGAUGCGAAGGUUAUCCUCAUGGUCCGUGAGAGCGAGGACGCUUGGUACAAAAGUUUGCUAACCCAACUAGAAGCUCAGCAAAGCAUCGUGUUUAGAUUGAUGCCGUAUAUUUCGAUCGCUGGGUGGCGGAUGUCAACAUAUUUCGCUCUAAUGGCACCUUCAAUCUGGGGAGUCAAAUACGAAAGCAACUUGUUCAGAUUACCCGAAGUUAACGAAAUGCAGAUGCGAAUGACGUACCGACGGCAUAACGCGUAUGUUAUGCAGGCCACACCGAAAGAUCAAUUACUUGUAUACAACGUUAAAGAAGGGUGGGGACCUAUUUGUAAUUUUCUUGGUGUGCCCGUGCCGGAUAAACCAUUUCCACGGAAAAAUGUCCGCGGGAAAAUAGUAGAGAAGUUGAUGAAAAAAGACCCUUUUUUUAUACGAGUUCAAAGAGAGAUUAUGUUUUCAAUUUCAGUUAUAACAGUGGUGCUCUCAUACGGGGUUUAUCAAGCUGGGAAAUUAGCUUGGUACAAUGAUUGGUCGAGUACAUGGUCUCAGAUAACUGACUAUGUUUCGUCGUUUUAUUCGUAAGGAAUAGUAGGAUGGGGCAAUAUGGGACACCCUUUAGCACAUAAUAUCCGAAUAAACGAAUAUUCUGAUCGUGCUUUAAACAUUAAAAACGCGGCCAAUGGGAGUCGUGAGGAUACGGUUUUAUAUUCUUUGUUAACUACCAAAGUAGACGAGAAAAUAUAAUGAAAGGUGUCCCAUCUUUCCCCACCCUACUAUACGUUUGUGGUAGAAUUUCUAUUAACACCAUUU